UUUAGAUCUGGACAUGGCCCGAGAGCUCAGGCCCGGCCAGGCCCGGCCUGGCCCGAAGAGACAGCGUGGCACCAUCUUCUGCAGUAACUAUGACCUGGACUACGAUCUGUACAGGGAGGACGCCCCCUACAGGAUGAAUGAAUAUCAGAGAAUCCCCCCACUCAUCAACCGAGUGCCAGUCAAGGUCCGGAGGACUCACGUGAGCGGGGGACUCAAGAGCAGCUUCAGCCCUCACAGGGGCUCCAGGAAUAGCCAUCUGCCCCAAAAGCCGAUAAAGCUGCGCCCCGAGGAGCUGCAGACCAUCCGAGGGGAGCUGAGCCAGAUCAAAGCCCAGGUGGACAGCCUGCUGGAGAACCUGGAGCGCAUGGAGCAGCAGCGAGAGCAGCCCGCAGGACUAAAAGACAGUGAAGAGAACAGGGGCCCGGGCAAUGAGGAGUCCUCCUGUGGAACCAUGGAGCCCCCACAGGACCCCGGGAGCAGAGAGCACGCCGAGCCCCAGGGCCAGAGCACCACUGCAGAGGCAGCUGGCUCCCAGAGCACAGAGCCAGAGGAGCAGUGAGUAGGCUACCCUCCAUCCACCUCUCCCUGCCUGUGUUUCGGCCUAAGGCUGCCAGAGGUGGUGGUAGUGGAGCAGUCCCAAGAAAGGGCAGCCCUAUCUGCCUCUACCCUAACCUCUGGGCUGAAUAGGCUCACCUGGGGCUGAGCUGCUGCUGUUGCUGAAACACCAACUUCGACUUGGGGACGUGAGGUUAGGUGGGGUACUUGAGCGUUGCAGAGGGGGAACAUCCUGUCACAGGUGGACUUCAUGGCUGCAUACCCUUUGCCUGAGAACCACCUGGUGAGCUGGUUAAAGCCCACAUUUCUCCCUUCCCCCACCCUGUCUGUUGGCUGUGUGUACUGCCUCCGGGGAAGCGGUGGCACCCCGAGCUCUCUGGAGGCCGGCCUGGAGAGGGAAGCAGGCCCAGUCAGCAGCUGAUCCUGCCAUCCCAGGUCUCCACCAGGUGAGGCAGCACAUCUUAGACUGGGAGGGCUGCUGGUCAAGUUUGGAACCCUGCCUGGUGGUACCCAUUUGGGACCUAGGAUAGAAGCGGAGGCACAGCUUGGCCAAACCAGUCUCCCAAACAGCAGGGCUGAUGGGGAGGUUGGCCUGGGACUCCCAGUACCAGGUCACCGUCCUCAGGAAGCCAAGGCCACCGGCAAGGGGCAGCUGGACAGGUCCAGCCCCCUAAAUGCAGCUCAGGCUGCAGCUGCUCUUCCCCCUCCUCCUGCCCCAGCUGUCCUAUUGGGUGUCACCUUCCCCUCACAGCAGGGCACAGGAAAAAAACGUCUGUCUCCUAGGCUCCUCCUUAGUCUCCAGCAGCACUCAUGUCCGGGGAGUAAAUCACAAAACCCUUUUGGUUCCAGACUCCCACCCACAUGGCCAGCCUUGAGAACCUGUGUAUUUUUAUGUACUGCCUCUGGCUGGUGUGAUACUAUGUAUUUCAGAUCUUUUCUGGAAAGAUGUAUUAUGUUGGAAGGGAAAGAAUAAAAUUUGUAUUUUUUUCUGGUUAGGA